CCCGCCUUCCUCCAACCCCUUCACGGAGGCGAAUAUUCCCUCUCUCUGGUCGUCGUCUUCCAUAGCCGGGGAACUGUUUGUGACCAUACAUGCCUCUCGACGAUAAACUCCACGUUCAUUAACUUGUCCUGAACAAAAGACAACCCUUAGAGGCUUCUUCCUCUGCCCCGGAACAACAUUCAAGCCAUGCUCCUGUCCUCAUCACUACUCCUUCUCCUUGGCCUCCUUACCUGGCAUCCAAGUACAUCACGGGCUGCUAAAAUCAUUGUGGUCCCACCCACCCUGUUUGAAUCACACAUGUACAUCUUCAAUACAUUGGCUGUCGCUCUGCACCAGGACGGCCAUGAGAUCCAUUUCCUUGUCUCUGAGGGUCGUGAGGUCGUCCCUUCUUUUCACUAUAAAUUACAGCGGUACCCAGGGAUCUUCAACAGCAGCACAGCAGAAGGUUUUAUGCAGGCCAAAGUCACCAACAUCUUCGCAGGGCGCCUUACAUUUCUGGAGCUUUUUGACAUUCUUGAACACUACAGUCAGAAUUGUGACUAUAUUGUAGGCAAUACUGAGGUGAUGGCACGCCUCAAGCAGGCCAAUUUCGAUCUGUUGCUGGUGGACCCCAAUGAAAUGUGUGGUUUUGUGCUUGCGCACAUGCUGGGCCUGAAAUAUGCAGUGGUCAGCACGGGUUUGUGGUACCCUACGGAAGUGUGCGCCCCGGCCCCGCUCUCAUACGUGCCCGUGUUCAACUCCUUGCUAACCGACCGCAUGUCCCUGCUCCAGAGGAUCUCCAACACAGCUGUCUAUCUCUUGGAGAACUUUGGAGUCAAUUUUAUUGUGAUACCCAAGUACGACCGAAUCAUGAAAAAGCAUGGAAUAACGCCGCAAGUGCCCAUGACUGAGCUGGUGCGAGGGAGCCAGAUGUGGAUGCUGUGCACAGACGUGGCGCUGGAGUUCCCCAGGCCCACCUUGCCGCAUGUGGUGUACGUUGGAGGCAUCCUUAAUCGACCAGCCAACCCACUGCCAAAGGAGUUUGAGACGUGGGUUAAUGAUACAGCAGACCACGGCUUUGUUGUCGUGUCCUUUGGCGCUGGAGUCAAGUACCUCUCCCAUGACAUUGCACACAAACUGGCAGGAGCCCUUGCCAGAUUACCCCAGCAAGUCAUUUGGAGGUUUUCAGGUGUGCCGCCCAGUAACCUUGGCAACAACACCAGGCUUGUCGAAUGGAUGCCUCAGAAUGACCUAUUAGGGCAUGCCAACAUAAGGGCUUUCUUGAGCCACGGGGGGCUAAACAGUAUCUUUGAGGCCCUGUAUCAUGGAGUGCCGGUGGUGGGUGUGCCCCUAUUUGGAGACCACUAUGACACCAUGAUCCGUGUGACCGCUAAAGGUAUGGGCAUCAUGUUGCACUGGAAGAGCAUGAGCGAAGAUGAUCUUUACAACGCCCUGGCCACCGUCAUAAAGGACACAAGGUACCGCCAGCGAGCAGAGCUUCUCUCCACCAUCCACAAGGACCAGCCCGAACACCCUGUGUCAAGAGUGGUCUACUGGAUCAAUUACAUCCUCCGUCACAACGGCACUGAACACCUGCGCGCUGCUGUGUAUGACAUUUCGCUCUACCAGUACUUCUUGCUGGAUGUGAUCUUUGUCGUAGGGGCUGCCUUGGUCAUCGCUAACUUUGCCGUGAGGCGUUUAGGACGAUUGCUGCGUGCAAAGUCUGGUGACCGGAGCCAAGUAAAUGGCAUUUCCAGGCAGGAGGGCAACAUGGUAAACGGGCACUGCCACUCCAUGGCCAACGGUAAACACAAACGCAAUGACUCCUUAAAAAAUGAGAAGAAGGUGAAUUAAUGUUCGCAAAUGGCCAAGGUGGACGAGGAGGCAGUUGCUCAAGGGUGCAGCCCUCCGGUCGGCUUUGUGCGUUUAUAAAAGUGUAGAGGAAAGUUCGUUGUUAGGUCUGCAUCAUGAGGCAACUGCCACUCACAGUGAGGUUAACAGAGGAUACAAAUAUGGGUAUGGAACAAGGUGUUGGGCGCUCCAGGUGUGUGUGUGUGUGUGUGUGUGCGCCUGCGUGCGUGCGUGUGUGUGCGUGUGUGUGUCCACUGAUGUGAAUUGUAAAUCUAAUAACAGCGAUUGCGGCAGCACAUCACCAAAUUGGAACCGUGAGGAUGAAACACUUCUCCCCUGCAUGUCUUCCUGACCUCCUAACGGUGGAAUGACGAUGAAGAAGUGGCACAUGAACUUUUUGAACUAUUUUAACUAUUUUGUUUUUCUUAUAGUUAACUGCAAGGCUUCCCAAGCAUCUUCUAAACUCUAAAUCUAUUUAUUACUGUACAAGCACAAUAUAAUGAACUUUUUUUUUAUCUUAUUUUAAUUUAUUUAAUGGACUCAGCAUGAUGGAGGGUAUACAGUCCCUCCAUGACCCACAAUGUUAUGAAGAGCUAUAUAGAUGUAUGACCACUUGCUUUGUCAUGUGCCUCAUAUACUGAUAUACUGUCAUGGUUCAAUUGCAUUGAAUUCUAUUUAAGUUAGUGUAGACUUAAUUUAUUAUGAUGAGCAAAUGUAGUGAGUGAAUCAUACCCUUCAUGCCGCCUGCAUAAUCAUAUUUAUGAAGUAUGCUUCAGUUUGUUCAUGUGGGCUUGUUGUUUUCCAUGUUAAAAAAAAUAGUGUGUUUUUCAUCUUGUGUCAAGCCAUUCCAUGGUGUUUAUAUUUUUAUCAAACUGCUAUUCAUUCUAUACGCAGAUGCACGAGGGGCUUACAAGACGCCUACUGUGGUUCUGACUAGGGAUGGGCCUAAUCAUUGAUUAUUAAAAUUCCGUCAUAUGGAGUCGAUAGUUGAUGGUUAAGCCUUAUGUAGCAAUGACGCAAAAUUGAGCCCAGUACUUGGCUGCUAUGAGCAGAGGCAACAGUUGAUUCACUCCUUGCUAGUAUUCUGUUUGAAGACUACUGUAAGUUGAGCCGCAGCCAUACAUCAGUAAAUCACUCGCAUCGAAGCAGGAGUUCAGCACAUUCAGAGAGAAUACUUAUAAACUACCAGUUCACUGAUACGUGUCGUACUAGUAGUAAAAAAGUCCUCAUUCCUAGAUCUUACCGCGACGAUUACAACAUACAGGGCAAGUGGGUGGAGUAUCUUAAAAGCAGUUUGUCACUGGACAUUUCACUAGCAGUAAAUUGAAAUUUCAGCAUUUUCAUUCAUUGUUUUUGCACUUUAGUAAGAUAUCUAUUUUGCAAAUGUUGCACAUAAAACACAUCACCCAAAGAGAAUUACCGAGGAAAUUGUACAGAAUCAUCAUACACAGGAACCCACCAAUGUGAGUACACGGCGCGCAUUUCCGCAACAAGUUUUAUUAUAGUAUCUCCUCACAAUACUAUACUAUCCUCUGACAAUGACUGAACGCACAGCCAUUAAUGUGUAAAUAGCUGUCACUACACCUCACAGUGAACAUGUCCACAUUAUGUCCAAUGUGUCAACAUUUAGUGUGAGCACCAUUGUAAUCUAGCACUGCCUUAAUCCUCUUGGGCUUGGAAUUCACCAAAGCUGCAUAGAUUGUUACUGGAAUCCUUUUUCGAUGACAUCAUGUUUGGGGUCAUUAUCAUGUUGGAAGAACUUCUGUGUAAUGUAGAGAUGUUUCUCUCAAUGAACCGCAACUCUCCAUUGCCAGCCGCACACAUGCAUGUCCAAACCAUGACUACCAACACCAUGUUUGACACAAGACACAAUUAUCCUGCUACUCAUGUUGCCAGCUAUUUAGACAAUAAUUUAGACAAUAAUGGCUACACGUGAUUUUAGUAAGAAGAUACUGCCAUACAAGCUGUACGCUGACUAUUUUAUUCUAUGCCCACAUUUAAGUACUAUAGUACUGUCCCUUGAUAAGAUAUACUGUAAAAAAAAAAAAAAAUAGUUGCUGAAAUGUGAGGGGUGUACUCACAUUCCCUGCAGGUCCUGCACGAGCAUAUGAUCCCAAAACAUGUCUCUAAAAUAAUUUUUCAUAACAUUAAGAACUUUCUACUAAUCGCAGUACAUUAUAUAUUUUUUUACAUUAUAUUUUUUUUUAUUUCAUAGUCAAAAGCUGCAAAACAUCAGUAAAUCAUUAUAAUCCAUCCAAGAAACUAUUGUGCAGUACUGUAUAUUAAUGAAAAAAGCUUUCUUGUCAUCCUUUCCCCCGUGAGCUGCAAUGACACUUGAAUAGUUGGACCAAGCCUGAUACUUACUCAUCAUAUUACCAGUCACGCAUUCAUUGGUCAGGCUUGGGGGGCCUCAGGUGCUUGACAAGCUAUGAACAGGGUGUGGAGAGACAAAAAAGUGUAUUUAUAAAGGUGUAUAUUUAUAGUUAUUUGCUCAUUAUUUUAGUAUUGUUGUAAUAGGCCAACUAGCUCCUGUUUAAAUUCUGAUGUUUCCGUAGGCUAGCAUUUGCUACAUCACUUUUUAGGUUUAAGAGUACAGUGGAUCUAUAUAUAAAUCUAUAUAUAGAUCAGUGGAUAUAUAUAUAUAUAUAUAUAUAUACACACACGUAUUUAUUUUUAAAAUGUGUUAUAUAAUAUAUAAUGAAAAUAUAUGAAUAAUAUAUGUGUAACAUGUAGUAGGGCUGUAACAGCGGUAACUUAUUUCACUGAUUAUGUUACAUUUUUUUAACGUUAUGAAGCAUACGCAUCACGGCAAGCCACGCCUCUGUCACACAGAGUCUGUCUCUCUUUUCAUAACUUUAUUCUGACCUGAACACAUCAACAGCAGUGCAAUUCCAACACCGUUUAUGUAUCUCCAACUCAUAAACACGCCUCUGGUCCCUUGUCAUCGGAACAACGUGUCUUCAUUGUCUCUAAUAGACCGCGAGAUGCAUUCAUUGACACGCCGGACAUCAACUUUAUUAUGCGUGUAUGUGUGGUCUAAAUAAAUCAAAAUACGUACAAAGAAAAGUGGAUAUUCUCAUUAUUCACUUGUAAAUCUUAAUGCGGAAGUACAAUUUGCUGCAUUUAGGUGUGCUCGGAAAUCUCAGAAAAUACACUCAAAACAUGUGAAGUCAACUUAAAUGACGUGGUGUCUUUGAACGCAACCCCUCAUAAUUAGGCUUGGGCAUUGUUUCAAUUUGAACGAUUCUGGUUCCGAUUUCUCGUUUCGAUUUCCGUUCUUAAUGGUUGGUUCCUAAUGAUUCUUGAUUCCGAUGCUUUUAAGAGCUAGGAUCUUAAAGGUUUGCAUGGUGGUUUAAAUGAGGGUGCUAACCAGAGUUCCUUUUGGAUUAAAUGUCUGAACUUGUCCAUGAAUUGUUCAAUGAUAUGAACUUUUUUUGAUCAAUUUUACUAUGAAUUUCUGACAGUGCUAUAUUUCCAACCAAUAUAAAUAAAUAAAUAUAAAACUAUUCAACUUGAAUAUAAAUGUUAUGAGGUUUCUUUUUACAGGAGUACACUUUCAGAAAAGAUGUUUACUUUUGAAAAGUAGUAUACUUUGCUUGCUACCUUAAUGUUGGAGUCAGCUAUUUUUUUAACACUCACUUGCCUAGCCGUAGCUGUAGCUCCCGUCCUUUAUUUACACGCAACUUCCACAUCAACUAGCAUCCUGAAACCCUCGGUUACAUUGGCAUCAGACAAACAUAUUUUAUUGUUUGACUUCGCUGAUUCUGACUGUUUAGAGGAAGUCCGACGUAGCACAUUAAUGACCAGGUACUCUUGUUAUUUCUACACCAUGAAGGUGUGAACAUUAAACACGUCGAGUUAAGCCAAACAUGUCAUCCGCUUCUUCACUGGUGCUCACCGACUUCUUCUUCGUUGCUGUUCGUGGCUAUUUUUUUCCAAACAUUUGAACGAUCCCAGGAGAAUUGAAAUAUUAGUCCCAGUUCCCAUAGAUGCUCGAGACUCGAUGCCCAACCCUACUCAUAAUAACACAGUUAAAGUGUGAUUCAAAUCUUCUGGUACUAUUAAAGAAACUAGUGUUAGGCAAAUAGACUUUCAGACAUCUUUUAGCUUGACUGAAAUUUUCAGUUGAUUUGGAGCCAUUUCGGAGACAUUUAUCUUUCUUUCAAUAAAAUACAGUAAAAAUGAUGUUUUUUCAUCCAGUGUUGAGAUUUCACACUUUGUUCACCUGUCUUUGAACGCACCAUAGUCGCUGUGAGACGCGGAAGUGAAAGUUAUAUGUAACUUCUACACACUCACCAUAUGUUCGUUGAUCAUCUUACAUUAUUAUUCAUAAGUGGUGAGUAUACAUUUAAAUUGUGCUUAAUAAGUGUGUGAGGCAUAUGGAAAAGAGACAGGGGAGGGUUCCAGAGCUGAAACUAAUGUAAUUAGUCUGUUUUAUUGCAAUAAUAUCGUCAAACGUCAACGUCAAGCUAUCAGGAUGGUUUGGACGGGAAGGAGGAGCGAAUCCUGUGACAAAAAUAGAGAUUUUUAUGGUGGUCUCAGUGACUUUAGGAUUUUUGCCAUUCAUUGAUGGUACUGGAAAGUAACCCCGGCGAAAAGUGGAGAUCUACUCUAUAAUGUGUGAAUUCCACAGUGUAGUCUCUUCUCAACAUUUCAUGCUAUAUUUUAGAUUUUUAAAUGUUUUACCUAGAUUUCAACUUGUUGUCCCUCCCGUCAUAUGUUGUAAAUACAAAAUGUAAACAAAAUACUAAUGUUAAAUAAAUCUCUUCUUUGCAUAAAUCACAGAAG